AUGGCGAACACCUACCAGCCAGUCUACCAACCCGGACCUACCCCAAACUACGCCAGCCCAUAUGCACCUCCUUCUGCCCCUCCUCCCAAUGAAAAUGGCCACUACGACCAGAAGUCUCCCUAUGAGGGCGAGCGGUUCAAGCCGAGAAAGAGGCUCAACGACCCUUUCUUUUUCGUCUUCUUCCUCUUGCAGCUUGCUGGAUUCAUCGUCGUGUCUGGCAUCGCCGUAAACCAAUGGGUCAAGUCUGGCGGACUCGGCGGUGGCGUUGGCAGCGGCCACACGGGUACCGACGUUACCCUGAACUACCAUACCGUAUAUCUGCUCCUUUUCAUUACGGCGGCAGCACUAUUACUCUCAACAAUAUACCUCAUUCUCACGCGCAUAUUCACGCGUCUCAUAAUGCACUUUACUCUACUCCUAUCAAUUACACUCAAUAUCGGCAUAUGCGUCUAUUACUGGACGACAAGGUAUUGGUCCGGCGCCAUCAUUUUCACCAUAAUUGCCCUGCUGUCGAUCUUUGCGUACUUCGGAUAUCGUGCUCGUAUCCCGCUAGCGUCCCUGCUCCUGCAGGUUGUCAUGGAUGUAGCGAAGCACCAUUGGAGCGUGUACACCGUCGCCUUCCUCGCUCUGUUCGUGCAAGCAGCUUGGAGCGUAUUGUACACCUUCACAGUCAUUGCGAUAUACGCCAAAUGGACACCUGGAAAUCCUUCAUGUGGCAACGGCUCCUCGUGCUCUUCGGGAAAAGUCGCAGGCCUCAUAUUCUACGCGACUUUCUCCUAUUUGUGGACGUCGCAAACCAUUGGCAACGUCGCUUUGGCGACGCUUGCCGGUGGGCCAUUUGGCUGUUGGUACUAUUUCGGCCCACGCGACCAGGGGAAGAUGCCUCGUCGCCCAACCCUGUCCUCCUUCGGUCGUGCUUCCAGCCUUUCCCUUGGGUCAAUAGCGUUCGGCUCGCUGAUUGUGACACUACUGGAUAUUUUGCGUCUACUAUUAGACAUGAUCAGGAACAAUGCUAACGCAGACGGCAGCUUCGUGGAGGCGUGUCUCGCCAUGUGCGCUGAAUGCUUCGUUGGCUGCAUUGAGGGGCUUGUGCAGUACUUCAACAGAUACGCAUACAUCGAGAUAGCGCUCUAUGGCAAGCCUUACCUGCAGGCCGCGCGGGAUACCUGGCGAAUGAUUAAGGAUCGCGGAAUCGACGCACUGAUCAAUGAUUCGCUUGUCGGGAUGACCUUGACAUGGGGCGCAUACGCAAUCGGCCUGAUGUGCGCGCUGUUCGCCUAUCUGUAUCUCCGCUACACACACCCAUCGUAUAACUCGGACGGGCAGUAUACGGCUCCGGUAUUGCUAUUUGCAUUUCUAAUUGGCCUGCAAUGCAUGAUGACGCUGUCCUCCGUCAUCGAAGCGGGGGUGUCCACCAUCUUCGUUGGCCUUGGAGAAGAUCCGCAAGUUUUAGCGGUUCGUGCGCCUGCGUUAUUUGGCGUCAUUGCAUCGACGUACCCGCAAGUAGUUCAAGGUGUGCCUCGAGUAUGA